GCGUUCACAGCACACCCGCCCCGACUACUGGAACUAUGCCGCGGGGCCGGCCUCGCAAACUGAGAGUUAAAAGCAGCGACGGAACAGAUGCGGAUCCCAGUGAAAAUAAGCCGGAAGGUUACAGUGAUGGAGAGGUCAAGGACAAGAAGUGCAGAAUAUGCUGUCAUGUCGUCACCACUGACAGCCAGCUGCAGAAGCAUCUCCGUGAGCAUGAGAGCAACGAUAAGCCCCAUCGCUGUGACCAGUGCCCACAGACAUUUAACGUGGAGUUCAACCUCACCCUCCACAAGUCCACACACACCACCUGCGACUUCACCUGCCCCGUUUGCAAGAAAAGGUUCUCACGCAUCGCCAGCCUCAAAUCUCAUAUCAUGCUGCACGAGAAGGAGGAGAAUUUGAUCUGUGUAGAGUGUGGAGAUGAGUUUGUUCUCCAGAGUCAGCUCUCUAUGCACCUGGAGGAGCACCGCAAGGAGCUGUCUGGAAUCAAGGUCUACACCUGCAAGACCUGUGACAAGGAGUUCAAGACGUCUGCGCACCUCAAGGAGCACACGAGGAGCCACGCCAAGAUGAGGCCGCUCUCCUCUAGUUCAAGAAACUACAAGAAAAACAUUGAUCGUAGUGGGUUCACAAACAGCUGCCAUCACUGCGGAAAGGCUUUCAAAAAGCCCAGCCAGCUCGUCAGACACAUACGAAUACACACAGGUGAGAGGCCCUAUAAGUGCUCACACUGUGGCAAGGCUUUCAACCAGAAGGUGGUGCUGCAGACUCACAUGGUGAGACACACUGGAGAGAAACCUCACCUCUGCAUGUUCUGCCCUGCUUCCUUCUCCCAGAAGGGGAACCUGCACUCCCACGUUCACAGAGUUCACUCUGAGACCAAAGGGGUACCCCUGUUUCCAUGCAUGGACUGCAGCUGUGUAUUUAAGAAGCUGGGUAGCCUGAACGCCCACAUCAGCAAGAUGCACAUCUCUGUGAUCGAGGUGCCCUCCAGCACUCAGGAGACAGAGACGACAGGUCAGGGAUCGGGGGUGUCAGAGGGCGGCGAAGGGGUGACAGAUGUCAUCCAGCAACUUCUUGAGCUGUCUGCACAGGUCAGUGGGGAGACGGCGCAGCCCCAACCUCCAGAGCCAGCUAUUACCAUGGAAACGUCCAUCAACCAGGACAUCUUGCAGCAAGCUCUGGAGAACAGUGGGCUGAGUGUGGUCCAGCCACAGGGUGAUGCUAUGUCGAGAGAAUCGCAGAACCAGACCACAGAUGACGCUGCUGUAGAAAGCAAGAAAGUGCAAGGCCCAGACAAACCAAUCAGGGAGAAGAAAAGGAGCAUUUUCAAGAAACCCAUACAAAUGCCAGGCUCCAUCAGGGAAGAGAAUGGUGUACGCUGGCAUGGCUGCCCAUACUGCUCCAAGGAGUUCAAGAAACCCAGUGACCUUGUUCGCCACAUCCGCAUCCACACCCACGAGAAGCCUUUCAAAUGCAAACAGUGUUUCAGAGCUUUUGCCGUCAAGAGCACCCUCACGGCACAUAUGAAAACGCACACGGGUAUUAAGGCCUUUGAGUGUCAGUGCUGUCUGAAGUGCUUCUCCACUUCUGGCAGCAUGAAGGUACACAUGCGGCUGCAUACAGGUGUCCGUCCUUUCGCCUGCCCUCACUGCGACAAGAUCUUCCGAACAUCAGGCCACAGGAAAACACAUAUUGCUUCUCACUUCAAAAGCGUGCAGCAUAAGAAGCACAAAUUUCCACGGAAAUCCAACAAAGCCAAAGUGUCGAAGAGUAAUCUACCUCUUCCUGACAUCCCCCUGCAGGAACCCAUCCUCAUCACGGACUUCAGCCUCAUCCCAUCCCAGAACCCACGCCUGGCUUUCCAGCAGUACCUGGAGGUGGUGGGCAGUGACCGGCCUUAUAAGUGCCAGUUCUGCAGUAAGGCCUAUAAGAAAUCAAGCCAUCUGAAACAGCAUGUCAGGUCUCAUACGGGAGAACGACCCUACAAGUGUAUCCAGUGCAGUCGAGGUUUCGCCUCCUCUGGAGUGCUCAAAGCUCACAUCAGGACACACUCGGGCCUCAAGGCGUACAAGUGCCUGAUGUGCGACACCACGUUCACCACCAGCGGCAGCCUGCGGCGCCACAUGACCACCCACAGUGACCUACGACCUUACAUGUGUCCCUAUUGCCAGAAGACCUUCAAGUCAUCACCCAACUGCAGGAAGCACAUGAAAACACACAGGUAUGAAUUGGCCCAGCAGCUGCAGCCCGAGACAACAGACGAUCCACUUGGAGCAAGCUCUGUGGCCCAUGAUAUGCAGGUGGAAAUAGAGGGUGAUUCCCUCCAGCAACAACCUGCCACCUCAGAAGAGCAGCAAAACAUGCUGGGACUGAGUCAGGCGGAGGUUGUGAAUGGAGGUCAACAAGUGACACUGGAGGCACCUCUGAGUGAUCAGCCACUGGUACAAGGAGAGGAAUCUCUUUCUGUGUUGACAGAUUCAUAUGUGGCCACCCAGCAUGCUAUGCCUCAGAAUAUCAGCCAGUUUGAGACACCAGCACUUCCUCAGCCUGCCUUUGACCAGCAAGCUCUAACGCAAGGUUUCACCAUCAGUGAAUCAAACUACAGUCAGUCCCAGUUCUCCACUGUCCAGCAGCUGCAGGAUUCCAGCACCCUGGAGUCCCAGGCACUGUCCUCCAGCUAUCACCCCCCCAAUCUGAUGCACGACCCCAGUGCUGAGGAGACGAAUGGGCUUCUUCAGCAGAGCAGUCAGAGUGAGCUUCAGCUGACUGAGACACAGGACUACCAGGACAACAGUGAAGACAACACCAAAAGAGCCUACAGGUGCAAUUGGUGUAAUAAAGGCUUCAAAAAGUCCAGCCAUCUGAAGCAGCAUGUGCGCUCCCACACUGGGGAGAAACCAUACAGAUGCCACCUCUGUGGACGAGCCUUUGUGUCGGCCGGAGUGCUGAAGUCCCACCUCAACACACAUACAGGAGUGAAGCCCUUUAAGUGUAACGUCUGCGAUGCCUCUUUCACCACCAAUGGCAGCCUGAAUCGUCACAUGAUUAUACACAUCAAAUCUUUCAAGUGCUCCAUGUGCGACGACAGCUUCAGGACCAGCCAGCUGUGUAAAAAGCAUAUGAAGAAGGAGCAUUCUGUGGACGAUCAGAUUAUUGGUCUGGAUAGUCAAGACAUUGAGGAAGAUGAGGAAGACGAGGACAGCGAGCAGAGACUGUCAAAGAGGAGGGGUUUGGAGAUCAUUACUUUCACGGAGGAGCAGGCGGCUGAGCUAGCGAAGGAUCCCGGCGAGGAGGCUUCUGUGUCCGAGCGGAUCCUCGCGCAGUCAGCGGCUGAGAGGGAUCGCAUCAGCGAGAUCAAAGACAAGGCUGUGGAGCUGGAGACAGAACCGAAGUUUGCAAACUGUUGCGCUUACUGUCCCAAGAGCUUCAAAAAGCCCAGUGACCUUGUCAGGCACAUCAGGAUCCAUACAGGAGAAAGACCUUACAAGUGUGAUGAAUGUGGGAAGAGUUUUACAGUGAAAUCUACUCUGGACUGUCACGUAAAGACGCAUACAGGUCAGAAACUUUUCAGCUGUCACAUGUGCAACACCUCCUUCUCUACAAAGGGCAGCUUAAAAGUGCACAUGCGCCUCCAUACAGGCUCCAAGCCCUUCAAAUGUCCCUUCUGUGAACUCCGCUUCAGAACAUCAGGACACCGCAAAACCCACAUCCAGUGUCACUUCCGUCCAAACAGCGACAGCCGCAAGUCCAAGCGGUCUGCCUUGUUGGCUGGUCAGGCCGGUCAGGACCCAGGGACAGCUCAGGCUCAGGGGCAGCAGCCGUCUGCUUCAGAUGCUCUUCAAUCUGUGGGUCUUCUACAAGCAACCAGCUCUGACUCCAGCAUUUACCUCCCUGCCAACCAAGUCCUGACAGGGCAGUUUGACCAGAAUCUGCUGCAGCAGGGGCUGGUGGGACAGGCCAUCCUGCCGGCCUCUAUGUCAGCUGCUGGAGACCUGACUGUGUCUCUCCCAGAAGGUCUGACCACACUGGACGGCAUCCACCUUCAGUUGACGCCUGCUAACCUGGUGUGCCCCAACGUACAGAUCUCUGGCAUCGAUACCAACAACAUCACGCUACAGAUUGACCAUGCCCUCCUCCAGCAGACCUUGCAACAGGGCGGCCUCCUCUCUCAUCCCCUGAGCGUCGACAAUGGCCUCGUUUCCCACUCUAACAGUCAGCUCAUGUCCAGCAGCGACCCCUCCGUGUCGGCCAAUGUCGUCCUCCACCCACUGACCAGCCUGGCCCUGCAGCCCUCCACCAUCACGUCUGCUCAGGUCACGAUGGCUGGCCUCUCUGAGCAGGAUGCCGCAGGUUCUCAUGACCUAAGCCAUGUAAUAAGCAGCUCUGGGCUGGUAGCCGGAGGCAGCAACGGUCAGGAGAUCACACUGACCAUCAACAACUCCAGCUUUACGCAAGCCUUAGCCCAGGUACAGGCCCAGGCCUCAGCUGCUGGUUCUAGCAACGGGGCAGGAAACACUCAAGAGAUUACCCUAACCAUAUCAGGUCAAGAUCUGCUCCCCCAGCAUAGCAACCACAAUGGUGCCGAGAUCAAUGGCAGCCUCAGACUGGCAUCACCGCUCAGUGGCCAGCCCACAAGUGCAACCUUGACCAUCAGCAAUGACCACCUCCUACCUCACAGCCCCGCCAGCACUGGAAUGGCAGGAAACAGCCUGACACCCAGCACCACCCUGUCACACACAGCUGUGUCCCAGAGCCUCGUGAUGUCACCGGGAGGCGACGCCAGCGAUGGCAGUGUUACACUUACCCUUGCUGAUGCACAGGGAAUGCUGGAUGGCGUCACGCUUAAUCUCAACACACAGAGUCAGACAUUUCCUGCGGUGCUGAAUGACUCUGGUCUGUCGGGGCAGUCAGGCGGCUCAGGCCAGCAGGUCAUACUGGUCAGCCACCAUUCACAAUCUGCAAACGGAGCGUCAGACAAUGGGUAUAAUAUUCCUGACGAUGGACACAAGGGAGAGAAGGACACACAGAUGGAGGGUGAAAACCGGAACCAGUGUUACUACUGUAACCAGGUGUGCCAGAAUGCCAACUCACUGCGACGCCAUUGCAGGCAAGCUCAUGGCAAGGACCGCUGUCAUGUCUGCAGCCUCUGUAACAAGGCUUUCAAGCGAGCUACACACCUGAAGGAACAUGAACGGGUGCACCAGCCGGGCCCCUCACCCAGCUCCCAGAAACCCAGAGUCUUCAACUGCUCCUCCUGCGUGAAGGCCUUCGCCAAGCGCAGCCAGCUGGAGAGACACAACCGAACACACACAGGCGAGCGUCCCUUCAAAUGUAGUCAGUGCGACAAGGCCUUCAACCAGAAGAGCGCUCUGCAGGUCCACAUGGUCAAACACACUGGAAAGAAGCCCUUCAAGUGUGAGAUGUGCAGCAUCAGGUUCACACAGAAGAGCAACAUGAAACACCACAUGAAGAGAUCCCACGGCUACGGUCAGAUCCAAGAAGUGUCCCUGAGCCAAGACGAAACAGCACCUCAGGUUGAAGUAACGUCGGAACUUGACCUGGAGGUUGUUCCUGAAUCAUCAGGAGACUGGCAAAAUGUCUUUUCCUAAACACGAACCACGAGUCCUAAGAGUCAAAAAGCACUGAGCAGCGUACUAAGCACUGCGUUUUACAACUGAAUGAAUGUGUCCAACAUAUUCCUCCUCUCAAAAGGGUUAUUCGGUUCGAAGGAGACAUUUAAGACCUUUUAGAUUUGCUCCACUGUAAAUCGAGGGCUUUUACCGUGGCGGCAGCAGCCCCCUGCUGUUAGUCCAAAUUAGCAGAGAACUAAAGAGAGUCUGGUUCCCUCUGAUUGGCUUAAUGACAUUUAUCUGUUUUUCUACUCUCUAAUUUCCAUCAAUAUGACAACCUCCGGAGAGGUUCGGCUCAAUAAACACAGGCAUCCCAAAGUAUUCUCCUCCAGUCCCACUAACGCUGCCUCUGUUCAAAAGAGAGGAAACAUGAGUUCUGCGAAAAAGAGGUUCCCCAGAGACGAGUUUGUUGUCUCUUCCUUAUUGUUCUGCUCCCAGUUCUGAACAUGGAGCUGCCAACAACCGCCCUGCUGCCAUGGCUUCUGAGACGGCACAUAGCGUAGAAAUCGUUUUUUCACUGGUUUACAACAGUUUUUUUUAACUUAUUUAUACUGUACAUAUUUUGUGUUGAAGUGAAAUAUCAAUUGCAGUUUGUCAUUAAAUGUCUGUUUCAGUUACAAAGCAGCAUCACACGUGUUUGUAAAGAUCGUCUGUGAGGACGCUGUUCUGGAGCUUUUUGACUGAACAUGUCAGCAUCAUGUUUCCUGCAGCCAUCCGAUCAUUUAGUUCAUGCUGUAAAUAGUCUAGUUAGAUUGCGUAUAUAUUUUCUGAUGAACUGGCACAACAUAGGUUUGUUUGGAAUUAUGUAAUUUGGGCAAAACUGUUGCAUUUGUAAUGAAGCAAAGCCAAUGUACAGACAAUAAGCUUUUUUUUUUUCUUUUUUUGCAGUUGUAUUUUCUAUUGUCCAUAGUAAAUUAAGGAGAUUAAAGUAAUUUUUCUACAAA